AUGACUUCCCUCCUCGAUCAGGUCCAAGAGGCCGUUCCAACCAUGGCCAGAAUCAAUCUACGCUACCUCCAAGAGCUGAUCAACAAGCAACUCAAGACCAUGCCCCUGACCGAGUGCCUCCUCCUCAAUAUUCCACGAGAGCUCCGCGACCGCAUCUACCUCUUCGUCGCCAUAGCCAGCAUCCAGGACCCCAAUAACAAAAGCGAGAAACCAGUCUCUGGCCUGUCUAGGGCUUGCAAACAGACUCGGCUCGAGUUCGACGAAAUCAUCUACAGCAGCAAAAUCAUCAAGAUCGAAUACUACGAUGGCGCUGCUUCCGACUGGAAUCUCAUCGAGGAGCCAAGAGUCCUCAGAGCACUGCUCAAUGGCAAGGUUCCUUCUUUCUUCUGCCAUCCCACUAGCUUCGACACGCGGGCGGCAUUGCGAGAGCAGGUAGAGGGCGACAGCAAGUGGGGACAUAUUGGCAUUGAGGGAGUUAUGGGCUUGGUGACGGCAGAUGAGGGUGGUGGUUUGUACAAGUUUAGGGUGUCACGCGAGGAGCUACGGGAGGCAUUAGCAGGAUGA